AUGUCUAAGAACUCGGAGUUCAUCAAUCUCUCAUUUUUAUUAGAUCAUGAGAAGGAAAUGAUCCUGGGAGUCUUAAAGAGAGAUGAAUAUUUGAAAAAAGUGGAGGACAAGAGAAUAAGGAAGCUGAAAAACGAACUCUUAGAAGCAAAACGUAAAAGUGGGAAGACUCAACAGGAGACCAGCAGAGUCUGUGUUCACUGUCAGAGAAACCUGGGCUUAAUAUUUGACCGGGGAAACCUAUGCCAGGCCUGCUCACUGAGAGUGUGCAGCGAGUGUCGGGUCUCAGGCCUUGAUGGCCGCUGGAAGUGCACCGUCUGUGCCAAAGUCACGCAGCUAAGGAUUGUAACCGGUGAAUGGUUUUUUGAAGAAAAGGCAAAACGUUUCAAGCAAGCCAAUGUUCUAGGCACUGAUGUUGUCCGACAGUCCAUCUUAAGAAGAAAUCCAGGAGCUGAAGAAAUACAAAGCCACGAGAAAAACCGCGAGGAAGCAGAAAAGUCAAACACUUCACCUUCUGCUGGGCAGAAGGCCAGUCAUGAUGGACCCAAGAGAAAGGGAUUUCUUCUUAGCAAGUUCAGAUCAGCAACCAGAGGAGAAAUCAUCAUAGCUCCAAAAACUGAAAGUGGACGGAGCUACAGCUUGGACUUAGAUAGCCAAAAUUUUCGGCAUUUAAAGUCAGCCCCCAGUUCAGACAGAGGAAGCACUGGUUCAUCAGAUCUUAAUGACCAGGAAGUUGGUCCUGGGACCCCGAAGAGCAGCCACAGCAGUGGUAUGACCCCAGUCACUCAGAGGUCACCAGCCCCAAGCAUACACAGCAUGGCCUCAGUCAGCAGUAGAGAGCAUGGUUUUGAAAAUUCGAUGGAUUCGGCUGUCAUUGAAGGCACCUCUGAGGACUUCACAAAGAAUCAUCGCAGAAACACUUCUGGUACACCUUCGAUAGCAGUGUCCCAGGCCUCCCUCUCCUCAGAUCGGAGUCAAUCUGAGUUAGAUUUGAGUGGGUCAUUUGCAGAAGAUUUAGAAGAUACUGUAAAUUUAAGGAGCAAGUCUGUCCCUGGGGCUUUAGACAAAGACUUGGACUUCUUGGAAGAGACUGAAGAAGGCAUUCAUGACUUAGUGUCCUCCAGGUUUUCUGAAAACACCCACAGCCUAGCAAGUGGCCUGUCAACAAAUUCUCAAGCAGGCUCUGACAAGAAAUGGACCUACCUAAAUGUGCCUGAUGCUGACUCAGACACUACCAGCCUUAACAGCAUGAUGAGUGUUUACAGUGAAACAGGAGACUAUGGCAACUUGAAGGUCAGUGGUGAAAUUCUUCUCCACAUCAGCUACUGCUACAAAACUGGCGGGCUCUACAUUUUUGUCAAGAAUUGCAGAAAUCUGGCCAUAGGAGACGAAAAGAAACAGAGGACAGAUGCUUAUGUCAAGUCAUACCUUCUUCCUGACAAAUCUAGAAACAAUAAGCGCAAGACCAAAAUCAAAACAGGCACCAAUCCAGAAUUCAAUGAAACACUAAAGUAUACUAUCAGUCAUACCCAGCUGGAAACAAGAACGCUGCAGCUCACAGUCUGGCAUUAUGAUCGAUUUGGACAUAACAGCUUCCUCGGGGAGGUAGAGAUUCCUUUUGACUCAUGGAACUUUGAAAAUCCAAGUGAUGAGUGGUUUGUUCUUCAACCAAAGGUGGAAUUAUCUGCUGACAUUGGCCUUCAAUACAAAGGAGAGCUGACAGUUGUUUUACGUUACAUUCCUCCAGAUGAGAACCUGAUGCUCCCACCAGGACAAUAUCAAGGAAAGAAGACUUUUAAAAGGGGAAAGAAGGAGUCACCUGUACUCUCUGGAGGAAUACUAGAAGUGUUCAUCAAAGAGGCAAAGAAUUUGACAGCAGUGAAGUCAGGAGGCACUUCUGAUAGCUUUGUAAAGGGCUACCUGCUCCCUGAUGAUAGCAAAGCCACCAAGCAUAAAACUCUGGUAAUAAAAAAGAGUGUUAACCCUCAGUGGAAUCAUACUUUCACGUUCAGUGGCCUGCAUCCCCAGGAUAUAAAGAAUGUUUGCCUAGAACUUACCAUCUGGGACAAGGAGGCCUUAUCCAGCAACAUCUUUCUGGGAGGAGUUCGUUUGAAUUCUGGAAGUGGUGUGAGCCAUGGGAAGACUGUGGAUUGGAUGGACUCUCAGGGAGAAGAGCAACGCCUUUGGCAGAAGAUGGCUGACAAUCCUGGGACUUCCGUAGAGGGUAUACUCAUGCUUCGUUCCAGCAUGGGGAAGCGUCGGCUCUGA